AUGCCUUGUACGACGAGACAGGUCAGCCUCUAUUUCGAGACAGCAGCGAUCCUUGGUUUCGUUUUACUGUGGGGCACGAGCGUCUUUAAUGGAACAGUCAACGCCCUCCUAAGGGCUGUCUUCGUCACGGGUCAGCUGGCAGACGGCGUCCACCUGAGGACUGACUACACCGGCAUAGCUGUGCUGGACUAUCCGCUCGCCGUUCUGGUCGCUUUCUUCUAUAGUGGGACGAGCGGGGAUCAUUCGCCGUACCAGCUCUUCCUCUUGGACGCGUAUUCGACACUCCAGGCUGCCUACGUCUGGCUUUAUGCUGAGGCGCUGCGCCAUCCUCCGCGCACUGGUAGGAAGGUGGAAUGGAUCGACCGGCCGGUCAUCUUCGCACUGCUGUGGCAGUGUUUCGGCGCCGCGAUCCUGCUGCCAGUCUACUACAGCCUACAUCUCCGAAGGGCCAGGAAGGCGACCACCGCUUCGCCAACCGUCGGGGCAGCGGAUCUGAACCAAACCAGAGCCUUGACACCGGCGUUCCUCCUGGGAGCCGUCGUGCCCACGGCCGUGCUGAUGGCGCCCGCAUGGACGGGGCCGCAAUCACGGGACCCAAUGGCCCACCAGGCUAUACUCGCCGCCUUCCAACCCUCGCCGCUGGUCUUCUCGGCAAUCAGCGCCGCCGCGGCCUGGAUUUAUUACAAGCUUGGUCAUGAUGAACCCUCUUCCCAGCCGGGUACCGCGGGUGGCGGUACGGCCGCAGCCGCGCGUACGAGGGGGGCAGCCAGCUGGUGGAUAUGCGCUGCGUACCUCCAGGCGGCCGUUAUCUCUGCUCUGGGUCACCUAUAUGUCAUGUCGAGAGUUUUGUCACAGCCUGGGCCACGAGGGGCCAUGGAUUUGGUGGAACAGAUGUACGUGCCAACGUCUCCAGGGAGCCGCAGCGGCGAUGAGUACGGGGCGGCUAUCCUUGUCGGAGGCCCCUGGCUCUUUCUCCAGUGGGACCACAUCAUUAUCAGCCUCUCCAGUCUGUCUUGGGUUUACAUCCUCCUGUUGAAUAGCCACUCUGUGUCUGGAAGGACCGAGAUCAGCAGAGCGUUGCUUUUGCUUGGCUUGCUGGGAGCGGCUGUGGUCCUCGGACCAGGGACUGCCGUCUCGGGAGCCCUGCUUUUAAGGGAGAGCGGCUUCCUUUGGGAACAGAGCACGUCCCCGAAGCGUGUAUGA